AUGGCCAAGGCUUGUGCUAUUAUAAACAACACAGAAGAAUUAACUAAUGACGCAACUGCAACAGCAGCUACAAAAGUCUGUUAUCCUGGACCAAAAUCAGAUGUACAGUAUCCUCUCAAUGUUCAGUAUUGUAGUGAAUGCACGAUGCCGUUGGAAUUUUGUGAAUAUUCUCCAGAUCCAGAUCGCUGUCACGAAUGUUUCGAAAGAAAUUUACCUGAUAUGAUGCGCCAAAUGCAAACACUGGGAGGUGCGGAUGGUGAUAAAACUGAGAAACGACAUCAGACACGCGGUGGUAAAGCCAUGCCAAAAGCAAAAAAGAAAUUUGAAGCACAACAAAUUAUAUUAAAUAAACAGCAAAGAAAAGGAAAUAAAUUUGUGACAAUCGUUCAAGGACUUGCUUCGAAUGAAGUUGAUAUUGAAGCAGCUCGAAAAUUUUUCGCACAACGUUUCUCAUGUGGAUGUUCAAAGUCUGCUGAUGAUGAAUUAACGAUUCAAGGAGAUGUUGUCGAUGAAUUGACGGAGUUGUUGCCAGAAAAAUGGACUCAGGUCAGUGAACCUUGUGUAUCAAUGUAG